AUGGCGCCGCACCAGACCAGGCAGGGCCUCCCCUCUUCUCCCCCGAUUUCCCAGCUAACCUCCGGCGCCAUGGCUCUGGCCUCUGCCGCCGCCACCACCGCGGCCGCCAGUGCCUCACAGAGCCGCAUCCCAACGUCGCGAGGACUGUGGGGGAAGCUGUCGGGCGCGCCUGUCCGGCAUCCGGGGUGGACGGUCGCCGCUGCCCCGGCCGGACCUCAGCACCAGCUGCACCACGGCGACUGCCCGCCCUCGCCCUCGCCAGUGCCUGCCCUCAGCAUCGUCUCUCGCGGCUGGUGGUCACCGCGCCACAUCAGGAGAGACGGGCUCAAAUCUCCGCCGGCGGCGAACUGGUACCGGACGGGACAUGCUGCGCCGACGACGAGUUCUGCUGGCCGCUAGCGCCGGGGGAUUCACGGCGCAUGGUCGACUGAAGCUUCUGAACGAAGUCCACAACGG